CCUGGGGAGAUUUUUCAUGCCCAGUGUUACAGGAACAGCUAGGUUGCCUGCCUGGAACUCCAGUGCCUCUGUUGGGGUUUUAGUACCAAGUUCUGUAGUGCCACGUCUUCAGCCAGAAUUGGCUGGUCUCAGCCUCACCUGGUGACAGGUCUAGCCUGCUUCCUGGUGCUGCAGAGAUUUUGUGUGUGGGAGGAACCAGGGCACUUGCCUUCCUGUGUACCUGCCUGGCUCUGUGCUUACCAGAUACGCCAAGUGGGAGGAGGGGGCACCACCGGUUUUUCCUGAACUCCCUGGAAUUACCAGCUGUUUCUGGCACCUGCAUUUCCCCGGGGUGGGCAGCCACUGCUGUUCCCAUGGAUGUGUCCCAGGAGCAGCUAGCCCUGGAGCCGCCAUGCAUGUUUCAGUUGCCAGUGACCUUCAAGGAUGUGGCUGUGUACUUCUCAAAGGAAGAGUGGGAGUGUCUCAGUCCAAAGCAGAGGGCCCUCUAUCGGAAUGUGAUGCUGGACAAUUUCAGGAGCCUGGUAGCACUGGGAUUUUGCGGCCCCAGACCAGACCUUGUCUCUCGCCUGGAGCAGUGGGAUGAGCUGUGGGUUGAGGACUGUGAGAAGACUGAGCUUCAGGAAGCACAGAGUGCCCCCUGCCCAGGGGCAAGGAAGCCGGUUGACUGCAGGAGACGCUGCCGUCGGCUGGCUUGGGCUCACAAGAAAGUCCACCUUCAGGGAAGACACCCAAACACCACCCCCGCAAGUUAUAUGCAGUUUCCCAGAGCUGCUUCAGGGAAGAGAGCAGAUGAGCCUGUGGCUCUGCAGGCCCAGGUGUGUGGUGAGUCUUUUGGGCAGCGGCCAGGCCUUGAGGAGCAGCACAAGGGCAGCGGCAGAGCACAGGUGUUCAUCUGUGGCACUUGUGGGAAGGUGCUGAGCUGCCACAGCCGGCUGGCUGCCCACCAGAUGGUACACUCGGGUGCCAGAUCCUUCGCCUGCCUCGAGUGUGGCCAGACCUUCCGCUGGGUCUCGAACCUCCUGCGCCACCAGAGGAACCACACAAGUGAGAAGCCCUUCUGCUGUGAGCUGUGUGGACAGGCCUUCAGCCUAAAGGACCGCCUGGUGCAGCAUCGCAAGGUGCACACGGGGCACCGGCCCUACGAGUGUGGUGCUUGUGGCAAGGCCUUUAAACAGAAAUCUAACCUGCUGCGCCACCAGCUGGUGCACACAGGUGAGAGGCCUUUCCACUGUGCCGUCUGCAGCAAGGACUUCCGCACUAAGGAGAACCUCAGCCACCACCAGCGGAUCCACAGUGGUGAGAAGCCCUAUACCUGUUCUGAGUGUGGGAAGGCCUUCAGGUGGCCCAAGGGCUUCAGCAUCCAUCAGAGGCUGCACCUGACCAAGAGGGUCUACGAGUGCGAGCGCUGUGGGAAGGGCUUUCGCCACCUGGGCUUCUUCACUCGGCACCAGAGGACCCAUGGGCGAGGCAAAAUGUAGAAGUGCCUGGGUCCAGCAGGCCUGUGUCCUGACUAAAAGUUGGGCCAUGGGGACAGAUUGGUCCAACAGUCCCUCUCCAGCCUGGAAGAGCCUUUCUUGAUCCUUAAAGCAACUGUUCAGAGCUUCCUGAAUCCCCCAAGUUUAUCAGAAAAACUGCUGUUAGGGGAAAGAGAUCUGGAGCCACAGUGCUGUUUCCCAGAUGGCCAGGGUCCAAGAUGGCCUGAGGCUAUGUGCAGCCCUGGGAGAGUGGACAGAGAAGUUCCUGGUAUUUUGCCCUCUCCAGCACCCGUGGCUCUCUGCCCAGGAACCAAACCCUUCUCUGAGUGUCACUCCUGUGCACUUUAACUUCCUUUCCUGCCUCUCUCUCCUCACCUGUGCUUUCUCCCUUCUGUCUUCCGUGUGGCCUAAGCAAGGCAGCUUUGAAUUGCACAGAAGCAAAGACCCUUCUGCAACCUUCACAGAGGGGACUUUGAAAUGAGCACCUUUGUAAUGUUGCAACCCCUAAAGGAUUGUGGAAAGACCUGAACUCAUAGGCUGCUGACAGCGUACUGCCUGUGUGGGGAAAGCAUCCCAUGUGUACAGGACAGUCAAGAGUUUCUUUUUUGGUACCAGGGAUCGAACUCGGGUCCUUGUGCUUGCACAGCAGGUGGCGAAGUCACAAAUUUCUUAAAGCUACGUCCUCAGAGGGCUGUUCUCUAGUUUCUCAAACUGAAACUGACUCAGGUGGUGUCUUUGGUAAAAUGGCAUUGCAUCUUCUCUUUGUGCUUAAGUAGGUUGUUAUUGGGAAGGUUGUCCCCAGGGCUGGGUGGGGAGCCCGGUGGGGCAUCUGGACAGCCCUUUUGCUUUGGGCUCAGACCUCUGCCUCAGGGCAGAGCUGUCAGAGUGCCGGGUAGAGGCAGCUAGAGCCUCUGGCUCUGGGUUGGGUAUGCGGGCAAGGACAAGACACCAGCCCUGCAUUCUCAUGGGGCCAUGAGCCAUCUAGCUGCUGCCAACCUGGGACUGUUCAGCUCAGCCCUGGGCCCUUCUGCUUUUAGGGACCCUCAGUUAAUAGGGCCCCUUUGGUCCAACACUACCACAUGUUGUGGGCUCUCCUUGGCACUGGGUGGCCGGAGGUGGUGGGAGCUGGUUGGAUCUUAGAGCAGUAUACAGUGCCUGUGUUCACCUUGGGGCAUUUUCUGGGAAAGAGGUGACCUCUUUGUUCUCACCUUGGGAUGUCACUGCUGAUCCAGCCAGAAACAUAUAUCUGCCAUGCAGAACUCUUGGGCAGCCCUGUAUUCUGGAGGUGAUCAAGGGCCAAAGCACUUGGUCUAUCUCAGGUUAUCUGAAUAGCUUAUGAAGCAUUUUGCUUUGGCUUUUUAAGGAUUCCGGUUAACAAGGGUACAUGGAAUUACAAAUGAGUUUGUAGGAAGUAGGAUGAAGAAGUUCAGCCUGGCAAGAUGUGAUGAGUCAGACCUCAUGAGAGAUGCUACCAAAUACCCUUCCUCAGUAAACCAGAGGCAUAAAGUCAGGGUGGGGCUGGGGGUGACUCUGAUUGGAACAAACCAGCUGUAAGAAGGCAUUUUUGAGACAAUCGUGGAAAUUUGAACAGGGCCUGAGGGUUAGGGAAUUUGUGAUGAUACGGCUAUUAUUAUAAAGAGUCCUUAUUGAGAGAAAUUCCGACUUAUUUAUGGGGGAAAUGACACGGUGUCUUGAGAUUUGCCUUAAAAUUGUAAUAAGGAAAAGGAAAUUGGGAAAAUUUUGGAAGUUGUUCAAGAAAGAAUUAUGUUUCCAUUUUCUGUAUUUUUUUUCUUAUUUUAAGUUCAUUAAUACAUACUGAAGAAGCUAUGAGGUUAGGCUUCUCAGUCUACACAGACUGCCAUGAGGAAACACUGCAUACUGGGUGGCGUGAACAACAGAAACUUACUUCCUCCAUUCUAGAGGCUGAAGACGAAUUGGGUGCCAGCAUCUUUCCUUCUGGUGAGGGCUUUUCCUGGCUUGUGAUGGAUGGCCUGGGGGCUGGUGUCUCUCUCCCAUUGAGGGGCCCCACCCAUGUAACGUCAUUUUUUAAAAAUUAAUUUUUUGAUACACUCUAGAUAAACAUAAUGAUCACAUUCAUCAUAGGGAAUUUGUACUUGUACAUAAUAUAUCUUGAUUCUUCUUUUUC